AAGCAGCAUCUUUUCGCCGGAGGUGAUCGACGACAUCCACAUCAAGGCGGAGCUCGGCCGCUACCGGAUGCGCGGCUUCUCGCUCUUCAAGAACAUCCCGACCUUCGACGAUCUGACCUUCCUGCCGGGCACGCUCACGCGCUUCGUCAUCGAGGGCUACCGCGAGAAGUGCACAACCACGACGGUGAUCGGGCCCGAGGCCAAGCGCCCGCUGGUGCUCGACAUCCCGGUCUAUAUCACCGGCAUGAGCUUCGGCGCGCUCUCUAUGAGGCCAAGACCGCGCUCGCCCGCGGCGCCACCAUGGCCGGCACCGCCACAUGCUCCGGCGAGGGCGGCAUGAUCCCGGACGAGCGCCGCUAUUCCGAGAAGUGGCUCUACCAGUGCAUCCAGUCCCGCUACGGCUUCAACCCCCACCAUCUGAGGCUCGCGGAUGCGUGCGAGUUCUUCAUCGGCCAGGGCUGCAAGGUGGGGCUCGGCGGCCAUCUGAUGGGGCAGAAGGUCACCGACCAGGUGGCGGAGAUGCGCUCGCUGCCGGCCGGCAUCGACCAGCGCUCGCCGGCGCGCCAUCCCGACUGGCUGGGGCCGGACGACCUCUCGCUCAAGAUCAACGAGAUCCGCGAAGCAACCAACAGCGAGAUUCCGAUCCAGCUCAAGCUCGGCGCGGCCCGCGUCUAUGACGACGUGCGCAUGGCGAUCAAGACCGGCCCGGACAGCAUCUACAUCGACGGGAUGGAGGGCUCGACCGGCGCCGGCCCGCAUCUCGCCACCGAGGAGACCGGCGUGCCCGGCAUCGCGGCGAUCCGCCAGGCGCGCAAGGCGCUGGACGACCUCGGCGCCACCGGAAGCAUCAGCCUCGUCUACGCCGGCGGCGUGCGCAACGGCGGCGACAUCGCCAAGGCGCUCGCGCUGGGUGCCGACGCGGUCGCCAUCGGCCACUCGGUGAUGAUGGCUCUCAACUGCAACAAGGACAUCCCGGAGGCCGACUACGAGACCGAGAUCGGGGUCGAAGCCGGCUAUUGCUACCACUGCCACACCGGGCGCUGCCCCGUGGGCGUCGCCACCCAGGACCCGGAGCUGCGCAAGAGGCUCGACCCGGACGAGGCGGCGGAGCGUGUCUACAACUUCCUCCACACGCUGACGCUGGAGUGCCAGAUGAUGGCGCGCGCCUGCGGCAAGACCGAUGUCCACAGCCUGGAGCCGGAGGACCUGGCCGCGCUCACCAUGGAGGCCUCGGCCAUGGCCCAGGUGCCGCUCGCGGGCUCCCAGCACACCGUCGGCCGCCCCGACAUGAACCGCUACUAG